AUGGCGGAGUCGCGAAGCACGCCGCUCAUUAGGCAGCGUGCAUCAUCGCCAAAGCCACGAGCACAAGCAUCCACCAGGCCGCACGACGACGCCAAAAAAGUGUCAGACAGUGGGAAGGAACCUGUGGCAGCUGCUGGUGCUGGACGCCUCGAGAGUGUCGUAUCGACGCGUACAGUGCAAGGGGUCCUGCUGUUAGGGACCCGCCUCGUGCAACAGUCCAUGCGCAAUGCUUUAUCUCCACUGCUUGUGUUUAUGGCAGCAGAGAUGGACAUAACAACAUCGCAGAAGGGAAGUUUGUUAUCGGCCAUAGCGGCUGGAUACUUCUUUACGCAGGUUCCAGGCGGUGUGCUAGCUGAUUGGCUUGGAGCCAAAAACGUCAUGACGACAGCUAUGAUGUUGAGUGCUCUAUGCUGUUUGAUGCUUCCUUUGGUUGUGGAUACCCUUGGCUUGUCCGGAUUGUGGUGUGUGAUGGCCGUGAUGGGGGCCGUGCAGGGCCCCUUGUUCCCAACGAGCACGGUGUAUCUCAGCAAGUGGAUGCCCAAAGCGGUGCCCGGGGGAAGCGACGAGAAGGCGUGGGGCACGAGCAUGCUGGACAUUGGAAUUUCUUUAGUGAUGGCAGCAAAUAAGCUAACGCUGAAGGUGUCCUACCAGGAAGAGGUCCGUCGGCUUCGGGAUUGGCCAGGUGAGCAUGAGCCCAGCUACCAAGGGCUCGUUGACGCAGCUCUCAGCCUUUUCGACUUGUCGGAGACGCAUCGGCACAGCAUCCGCUACCAGGAUGGUGAUGUCACUGCUGUGCUGACCCAGAGCAACUUUAGCGAUGCCUUGUCCUUAGCCUUCCAAGAUGGGCUGCUGCGGCUGAGUCUCGAGGCGCCAGAGGAAGAUUCCGAGGCUCUCGCGCGAGCGGCGCGAGUGGAAGGGGAUCAUGCCGAGCAGCUCGUCGAGCCCAGCAUGGCUGAGACGGCUGGUGCCGAAAGUCCCUUCACCUCCGGGUGGUCCUGCUUCAAAGAACAAGUGGUCAGCGAUUUCCAGAUGAAUCGGCGGGAUAUGCAGGAGGCAUUCAAAUCCAGUGGAGAACAGCAUCCAGCCUUGAAUGUGUGUGGCAAAGUUGCAGGAUUUACAGCAGGUGUCUGUGCCUCUGCACGACUGAUACCGCUGCAUGGUACUCGGCUGGCUGCUCGGAGUGUGGCUGCUGCAGCCAACAUGCCGGUACCAGAGUCGGAGACAUCGGUGCCAGUAACCGCCGCCGACACGGAAGCUGGCAGUGAUGUACAGCAUUUCAAGCAGCAGGUCCUUCAAGACUUUCAGAUUGGGCGCCAAGAAAUUCAGACGGCUUUCGGAUAUUUCACAGGUGAGAGCCCUUCGGAGACGGCUUCCCCUUCCCAGCCCCCUCGGCUCGGACGGGAUGUUCUCCCUGCGGUAGCUUCAACAGUUGCUGGCCUCACGGUAGCGACCACGCUGGUGCCCCUGCGGGCCGCACGGUUGGUGGUCGCCAGCUUAGCCUCCCAGCGAUCGCCAGAAGCGGAGCAGUCGGAGCAAGCCGAGCUGCAAGCCGAGCUGCAAGCUGAGCGACACGACCAGCCAGGCGGCGCGACUCUUCAAGCCGUGCCAGGAUCCUGA